AUGGUGUCGGUGUCGUGGUGGCCAGAGACUCGAUUGGAAUGGGCUUUCUUUCUUACAACGGCUAUCCAAGCCGUUACGAAUACGACGAUUCAAGUCACCAUACUAGUCGUCUAUCUCAACUGGGUAAACUCCGUCGUCUACCAAGUCCCACUAUCCUACGUCACGCCCAUCACCCUCGGCAUCAACACCCUAGGCGUUAUCUACCAAAUGGUGCUAACCCUUGACGCCUACCGCAUCAAAAACCACAUUCAAAUCUUCGUGCAAUGCGCCGCCAAUGUCUGCCUAGCCGUCUCCACUGUGUUGCAGUACACGGAGUUGAGGGAGGCGGCGGCCAGGAUUAUCAAAGGUCAAGACAUGUAUAAUACACCGUUUGCUAAACUCGAGUGGCCGUUUUGGAAAAAGACUUCGCCAGGCUUGAUGGUCUAUCUGGUCCUCCUGAAAUAUACGCCAUAUUUUAUCUUUGCUUUUAUCUUCAUAUACACGUUCAUCGACGUUCAUUUCACGCAGCCGGAGUUCUCGUUGACUAUCGCGAUUAUGCCGGCGAUUCUGCUGCAUGUCGGUAUCGCUGUGUAUACGGUUAGACACGAGAAACGUUUUGUAAUGACGGUUGUAUUAGUAAGUAUUCCCACCCCCUCGAUUCCCUACUUCGCUGACUGCAUGUUCUUCUUCAAGCUCGGUCAUGCCGCUUAUAUCGCGUAUCUGGUCAGCAGACUAGUCGUUCUCUACGGCAACUCGCAACUUGCCAAUACGUGGAUGAAAGACCAAAUGGUCUUUUACGUCUGUGUCGGUCUGGGUUUCUCAGUUAUUACGCUCGUGGUGGGGUGUAUAUGCUUGUGGAACUUCAAUAAGGGGUUGAAACCUAUUCUGCUGGGUCAGGUCCAGCGCAAGAUACGGCCGAAUGAGGUGGAGACGGAUUAUUAUGUUCAGCGGCUCAAUUACAACAUCGUGCCGUUGGCGGAUCGAGAUUCACAGAGAUUUGCAUUGGAUUGA